CGCUCUGGACUCGGCGCCAGUCCCGCUCCGCGCGGCGCUGCUCCGCCACGGCUCCCGCUUGCCUUGGGCUCCGGCUCUGGCUCCGGAGGCGUCGCCUCCCCGGCUGCGGGUCUCCAGGAUUCAGGCGGCGGUGCCCCAGCCAUGGCCCGGGCUCAGGCUCUGGUCCUGGCGCUCACCUUCCAGUUCUGCGCUCCCGAGACCGAGACUCCCGCAGCUGGCUGCACCUUCGAGGAGGCGAGUGAGCCGGCCGUGCCCUGCGAGUUCAGCCAGGCUCAGUAUGAUGACUUCCAGUGGGAACAAGUGCGGAUCCACCCCGGCACCGGGACCCCUGCAGACCUGCCCCAUGGUGCCUACUUGAUGGUCAAUGCUUCCCAGCAUGCUCCAGGCCAGAGGGCCCAUAUCACCUUCCAGACCCUGAGUGAGAACGACACCCACUGUGUGCAGUUCAGCUACUUCCUGUAUAGCAGGGAUGGGCACAGCCCGGGCACCCUGGGCGUCUAUGUCCGCGUGAACGGGGGCCCUCUGGGCAGUGCCGUGUGGAACAUGACUGGAUCCCACGGCCGUCAGUGGCACCAGGCUGAACUGGCCGUCAGCACCUUCUGGCCCAAUGAGUAUCAGGUGCUGUUCGAGGCCCUCAUCUCCCCAGACCACAAGGGUUACAUAGGCUUAGACGACAUCUUGCUCUUCAGUUCUCCCUGCGCAAAGGCCCCUCACUUUUCCCGCCUUGGAGACGUGGAGGUCAAUGCGGGCCAGAACGCGUCCUUCCAGUGCAUGGCCGCAGGCAGAGCUGCAGAGGCAGAACGCUUCUUCCUGCAGCGGCAGAGUGGGGUGCUGGUGCCUGCGGCCGGGGUGCGGCACAUCAGCCACCGUCGCUUCCUCGCCACUUUUCCGCUGGCCUCUGUAGGCCGAGCUGAGCAGGAUCUGUACCGUUGCGUGUCCCAGGCCCCGCGCGGUGCUGGAGUCUCCAACUUCGCAGAGCUCAUCGUCAAAGAGCCUCCCACCCCCAUCGCGCCCCCACAGCUGCUGCGUGCAGGCCCUACCUACCUCAUCAUCCAGCUCAACACCAACUCCAUCAUUGGCGACGGGCCGAUCGUGCGCAAGGAGAUCGAGUACCGCAUGGCGCGGGGCCCGUGGGCCGAGGUCCACGCUGUCAACCUGCAGACCUACAAGCUGUGGCAUCUGGACCCGGACACUGAAUAUGAAAUCAGCGUGCUGCUCACACGCCCCGGAGAUGGAGGCACAGGCCGCCCAGGGCCACCACUGAUCAGCCGGACCAAGUGUGCAGAGCCCACGAGGGCCCCCAAAGGCCUGGCUUUUGCCGAGAUCCAGGCUCGCCAGCUGACCCUGCAGUGGGAGCCCCUGGGCUACAAUGUCACACGUUGUCAUACCUAUGCUGUGUCCCUUUGCUAUCGCUACACCCUGGGAGGCAGCCACAACCAGACCAUCCGGGAGUGUGUGAAGAUGGAGCGGGGUGCCAGCCGCUACACCAUCAAGAAUCUGCUGCCAUUCAGGAGUGUCCACGUGCGUCUAAUUCUCACAAACCCUGAGGGGCGCAAGGAGGGCAAGGAGGUCACCUUCCAGACAGAUGAAGAUGUGCCUGGUGGGAUUGCAGCUGAGUCCCUGACCUUCACUCCGCUGGAGGACAUGAUCUUCCUCAAGUGGGAGGAGCCCCAGGAACCCAAUGGCCUCAUCACUCAGUAUGAGAUCAGCUACCAAAGCAUUGAGUCCUCAGACCCAGCAGUGAACGUGCCCGGCCCGAGACGCACCAUCUCCAAACUCCGGAAUGAGACUUACCACGUCUUCUCCAACCUGCACCCCGGCACCACGUAUCUGUUCUCCGUGCGUGCUCGUACGAGUAAGGGCUUCGGCCAGGCGGCUCUCACCGAGAUAACCACCAACAUCUCAGCACCCAGCUUUGAUUAUGCUGACAUGCCGUCACCCCUGGGCGAGUCCGAGAACACCAUCACUGUGCUGUUGAGGCCGGCCCAGGGCCGCGGAGCACCCAUCAGCGUCUACCAGGUGGUUGUGGAGGAGGAGCGGCCGCGGCGCUUGCGGCGGGAGCCCGGAGCUCAGGACUGCUUCUCCGUACCCCUGACCUUCGAGACAGCCCUGGCUCGCGGCCUGGUGCACUACUUUGGGGCUGAACUGGCCGCCAGCAGCCUGCCUGAGGCCAUGCCCUUCACGGUGGGUGACAACCAGACCUAUCGUGGCUUCUGGAACCCACCGCUGGAGCCCAGGAAGGCCUACCUCAUCUAUUUCCAGGCAGCAAGCCGUCUGAAAGGGGAAACCCGACUGAACUGCAUCCGAAUUGCCAGGAAAGCUGCGUGCAAGGAGAGCAAGCGACCCCUCGAAGUGUCCCAGAGAUCGGAGGAGAUGGGGCUCAUCCUGGGCAUCUGCGCAGGUGGCCUCGCCGUCCUCAUUCUCCUCCUGGGGGCCAUCAUUGUCAUCAUCCGCAAAGGGAAGCCAGUGAACAUGACGAAAGCCACCGUCAACUACCGCCAGGAGAAGACUCACAUGAUGAGUGCCGUGGACCGAAGCUUCACAGAUCAGAGUACUCUGCAGGAGGAUGAGCGGCUGGGACUGUCCUUUAUGGACGCUCCUGGCUACAGCCCGCGGGGAGACCAGAGAAGCAGUGGUGUCACCGAGGCCAGCAGCCUCCUGGGGGGUUCUCCUCGGCGCCCAUGCGGCCGGAAGGGCUCCCCGUAUCACACAGGACAGCUUCACCCUGCAGUACGUGUGGCUGACCUCCUGCAGCACAUCAACCAGAUGAAGACAGCUGAGGGCUACGGCUUCAAGCAGGAGUAUGAGAGUUUCUUUGAAGGCUGGGAUGCCACCAAGAAGAAAGACAAGCUCAAGGGUGGCCGACAGGAGCCAGUGUCUGCCUAUGAUCGGCACCACGUGAAACUACACCCGAUGCUGGGGGACCCUGAUGCCGACUACAUCUCUGCCAACUACAUAGACGGCUACCACAGGUCAAACCACUUCAUAGCCACUCAAGGGCCAAAGCCUGAGAUGAUCUACGAUUUCUGGCGCAUGGUGUGGCAGGAGCAGUGUGCCAGCAUCGUCAUGAUCACCAAGCUGGUAGAGGUGGGCAGGGUAAGCGGGGGGAUGGGGAAUGGGCUGGGGGCAGGGUGGGCCUCAUGGUUGGCUAAGAGCCCAGCGAACCCUGUGCUCUGGGGGCCCCAGGUAAAGUGCUCCCGCUACUGGCCUGAGGACUCAGACAUGUAUGGGGACAUCAAGAUCACGCUGGUAAAGACAGAGACACUGGCUGAGUAUGUGGUGCGCACCUUUGCCCUGGAGCGGAGAGGUUACUCUGCCCGGCAUGAGGUCCGCCAGUUCCACUUCACAGCGUGGCCAGAGCAUGGUGUCCCCUACCAUGCCACGGGGCUGCUGGCCUUCAUCCGGCGCGUGAAGGCUUCCACUCCACCCGAUGCUGGGCCCAUUGUCAUCCACUGCAGUGCAGGCACUGGCCGCACAGGCUGCUACAUCGUCCUGGAUGUGAUGCUGGACAUGGCUGAGUGUGAGGGGGUCGUGGACAUUUACAACUGCGUGAAGACUCUCUGUUCCCGGCGGCUCAACAUGAUCCAGACAGAGGAACAGUACAUCUUCAUCCACGAUGCAAUCCUGGAGGCCUGCCUGUGUGGGGAGACCACCAUCCCUGUCAAUGAGUUCAAGGCCACCUACAGGGAGAUGAUCCGCAUUGACCCUCAGAGUAAUUCCUCCCAGCUUCGGGAAGAGUUCCAGACGCUGAACUCAGUCACGCCGCCUCUGGACGUGGAGGAGUGCAGCAUCGCCCUGCUGCCCCGGAAUCGAGACAAGAACCGUAGCAUGGACGUGCUGCCGCCAGACCGCUGUCUGCCCUUCCUCAUCUCCAGUGACGGGGACCCCAACAACUACAUCAAUGCAGCCCUGACUGAUAGCUACACACGGAGCGCCGCCUUCAUCGUGACCCUGCAUCCCCUGCAGAGUACCACACCGGACUUCUGGCGGCUGGUCUACGACUACGGGUGCACCUCCAUCGUCAUGCUGAACCAGCUUAACCAGUCCAACUCCGCCUGGCCCUGCCUGCAGUACUGGCCAGAGCCAGGCCGACAGCAGUAUGGCCUCAUGGAGGUAGAGUUUGUGUCUGGCACGGCAAACGAGGAUUUGGUGUCCCGGGUGUUCCGGGUGCAGAACUCUUCUCGGCUGCAGGAGGGUCACCUGCUGGUCCGGCACUUCCAGUUCCUGCGGUGGUCUGCUUAUCGGGAUACGCCUGACUCCAGGAAGGCCUUCCUGCACCUGUUGGCUGAGGUGGACAAGUGGCAGGCGGAGAGUGGGGAUGGGCGCACCGUGGUGCAUUGUCUCAACGGGGGUGGCCGCAGUGGCACCUUCUGCGCCUGUGCCACGGUCUUGGAGAUGAUCCGCUGCCACAGCCUGGUGGAUGUUUUCUUUGCUGCCAAAACGCUUCGGAACUACAAGCCCAAUAUGGUGGAGACCAUGGAUCAGUACCAUUUCUGCUACGACGUGGCCCUGGAGUACCUGGAGGCUUUGGAGUUGAGAUAGCAGGCACCUGACCCGGGGCACCCAGUGAACACCCAGGGCAUGGCCCAUCAUUCCAGACUGAUGAGGAGGGCCUGUGGCCCCAACUUUGCUCAGCCAUAAUUCCACAGGGAGAACACUGGAACGGACACUGCGCCAUCUUGGUGACCCCCACGGGAAGGCUGGAGGCCAAGGAGGAGCUUUGCAAGACUGUAUCAGCCCCACCUCCAGAGGAUCCUGCAGACGUGUGCAGAGAAGCUUGCCCGGGACAGUGGCACUGGCCAAAAUAGCUAGUGCUGGGGGGCCCAGGCCAGGCCCCUCCGCGCCAUUACAGUCCUGGGCAAGAGAUGAACGAGCGUCUGCAGAGAGUGGGAGGCUUGCACCCAGUGUGGUCCUUUCUGCAUGUGGUGGAGGCUCACUGGGACUUGGCAGGGGCCGAGUCUCAGCUGGCUGAGCCCCCGAGAGUCCUGAAGCUGGGACCUCUCCCUGUCUUGCCAGUGGGCCAUGCCAAGCAUCCUGCAGCCCCGUUCUCCAUCCCACUGCCCCGACAGACCCAGGGCGGCUUUGCUCCCCAUGCUCCCUCCUGCUUCUGAGCUUUUCCUGCAACAGGGCCUGUGCCUCCCUCCUGGGCUCCAUCCCUGCCUGGCCCAGUAUAUGCACAAGAUGCACUUCAGCUCCUCUCUCCUCCCUGGCCUUCAGGUCUUCACGGCUUGGUCCUGCUCAGCUUGAGCCUGUGACAAUCCACAAGGCUGAAUCACAGCCCCCUGGCAUUGAGGCCCCUUGGCUCUCGGUGAGGCCACCCCUGAAUUGGGGCGGGCUAGAGCAGGGCUGGUGUCAGCUUCUAGAGUACAGAGAAAGAAGGGGUGCUUCGGGAUGGAGGACCAGUGCUUUCUUUGUUGUUAUUUUGUUAUUUUUUGAUGGGAGGGUGGGAAGUUCUCUUUAUAAUGGGGUAGGCCACACCCCCAUUUCGUGCCUCAAUCUCCCCAUCUGUAAACUGUAGAUAUGACUACUGACCUACCUCACAGGGGGCUGUGGGGAGGUGUAAGGUAAUGUUUGUAAAGCGCUUUGUAAAUAAAUGUGCUCUCAGAAUGCCA